UUGUAGCUGUUAAAAUUAAGGUUUUUUUUAGAACAAAAGUCGUAAAAAUAAGUAAACGCCCAGAGAAACAGAUCAGGCAAGGCCGGCCUCAGAUCACAUAAUACAAGUCUGUGUGUGUAUUUUGUGAGCCAAAAAUAACAUAAAAGAGAAUGGGGAAAUCGGCGACAACAAAAGAUGACGCGCAAGCUCUUUUUCAAUCUCUCCGAUCUGCUUAUUCUGCUACUCCUACUAAUCUCAAGAUCAUAGAUCUGUAUGUCGUUUUCGCUGUAUCCACUGCUCUAAUUCAGGUGGUUUACAUGGCAAUAGUAGGGUCGUUUCCAUUCAACUCUUUUCUCUCGGGUGUGCUUUCAUGUGUUGGAACAGCCGUCCUAGCUGUUUGUCUUCGUAUUCAAGUCAACAAAGAAAACAAGGAAUUCAAGGAUUUACCUCCCGAGCGUGCUUUUGCAGAUUUUGUUCUCUGCAAUUUGGUACUGCAUUUGGUGAUUAUGAAUUUCCUUGGAUAACUCACUAUUCAGAUAUGUUCAGUAAGAUGAGAGCAAGUUAUAGUCGAUUUUCUUGGUUUCACUUUGUGUUAUUGUUGAGUCCUGAAAUCUGUAUUGGCAAUAGGAUUAUUAUUUUGAACCUCUUUAAACUUUAGAACGACCGAAACAGCUAGCAAUCUAUUAUAGAUUUUCGAUAUUGAAA